AUCACCCGUCAAGUCCGUUCUGAUUUCACAGCCAUCCCUCAUCCUUGCGCCUGCGGUAGAUCUCUCGUGCUUUGGUCGGUAAACGUUUUCUCUCACUGCGCCUCGACCAUGGCUCCUCCGGCUCAGUCCCAGCGGUCACCGUCGCCGUCUCAGCCUUCCGGUAAAAGCGAGGUCUCAGAUUUGAAAUCCCAGCUCCGGCAGCUCGCCGGCAGCAGAGCGCCUGGCGUGGAUGACUCAAAGCGAGAUCUCUUCAAGAAGGUCAUCUCUUACAUGACGAUCGGCAUCGAUGUCUCGGCUCUGUUCGGCGAGAUGGUGAUGUGCUCUGCUACAUCCGAUAUCGUUUUGAAGAAAAUGUGCUAUCUUUACGUCGGAAAUUAUGCCAAGGUGAAUCCUGAUCUCGCGCUCUUGACCAUCAAUUUCCUCCAGAAGGAUUGCCAAGAUCAGGAUCCCAUGAUCCGAGGGCUGGCCUUGAGGAGCUUAUGUUCACUGCGAGUGGCAAAUCUAGUGGAGUACUUGGUGGGGCCUCUGGGAUUAGGAUUAAAGGACAGUAAUAGUUAUGUGAGGAUGGUGGCUGUGAUUGGAGUUUUGAAGUUGUACCAUAUAUCAGCCUCAACUUGUAUCGAUGCUGAUUUUCCGGUGAUAUUGAAGAAUUUAAUGAUCACUGACUCUGACACUCAGGUAGUUGCAAACUGUUUAUCUGCUUUGCAAGAGAUUUGGAGUGCAGAAGCAAGCACCUCAGAGGAAGCAUCGAGGGAGAGAGAAGGUUUGUUAAGCAAGCCAAUUGUAUAUUUCCUAUUGAACAAAAUCCGAGAAUUUAAUGAAUGGGCACAAUGUCUUGUGCUUGAGUUGGCGGCUAAAUAUGUACCGUCUGACAACAAUGAUAUAUUUGAUAUCAUGAAUCUCCUUGAGGAUAGACUUCAGCAUGCAAAUGGUGCUGUUGUCUUGGCCACCAUCAAAGUGUUCCUACACUUGACCUUGUCCAUGACUGAUGUCCAUCAGCAGGUUUAUGAACGUAUCAAAGCCCCACUGCUGACUCUAGUGAGUUCAGGAAGUCCGGAGCAAUCUUAUGCAGUUUUAAGUCACCUCCAUCUCCUGGUGAUGCGUGCACCUUUUAUAUUUUCCUCAGACUACAAGCAUUUUUAUUGCCAGUACAAUGAGCCUUCUUAUGUCAAAAAGUUGAAGCUUGAAAUGUUGACUGCUGUGGCAAAUGAGAGCAAUACUUAUGAAAUUGUCACUGAAUUAUGUGAAUAUGCUGCAAAUGUUGAUAUUCCCAUUGCAAGAGAAUCCAUCCGAGCCGUUGGCAAAAUAGCACUACAGCAGUACGAUGUGAAUGCCAUUGUUGAUAGACUUCUUCAGUUUCUUGAGAUGGAAAAGGACUACGUGACUGCUGAAGCUCUGGUGCUUGUAAAAGAUCUGCUGAGAAAAUAUCCGCAGUGGAGUCAUGAUUGCAUUGCAGUGGUUGGUAAUAUUAGCAGCAAAAAUGUGCAGGAACCAAAGGCCAAGGCAGCUCUUAUAUGGAUGUUGGGAGAAUAUUCCCAGGACAUGCAAGAUGCUCCUUAUAUUUUAGAGGGUUUAAUCGAAAGCUGGGAUGAGGAGCAUUCUGCUGAGGUUCGAUUGCACCUUCUCACUGCAGUAAUGAAGUGUUUCUUUAAGAGACCACCUGAGACUCAGAAAGCACUUGGAGCUGCAUUGGCUGCAGGGCUUGCUGACUUUCACCAGGAUGUUCAUGAUAGAGCCUUAUUCUACUAUAGGCUUUUGCAACACAAUGUAUCUGUAGCGGAGCGUGUGGUGAACCCUCCAAAGCAAGCUGUUUCAGUUUUUGCUGAUACUCAGAGCAGUGAAAUAAAAGAUCGCAUAUUUGAUGAAUUUAAUAGUCUGUCUGUUGUAUACCAGAAGCCAUCUUACAUGUUCACUGAUAAGGAACACCGUGGUCCGUUUGAGUUUUCAGAAGAACUUGGAAAUCUAUCUAUUGCCGGAGAAUCAGCUGAUAAUGUUGUUUCAGCUCAGAGAGUUGAGGCAAAUGACAAGGAUCUGCUUCUAAGUACUUCAGAAAAGGAAGAAGCUAAAAUAUCUACUGGCAAUGAUUCUGCUUAUAGUGCUCCUAUGUACGAUGCUUCAUCUGUAUUAGUCACUGCCUCGCAAACACUUAUGGAGCCAGCAAUUUCAAAUCCCACCUUACCAGGGCAGGCAACACAAGCGAUCUUAGCAAUUGAUGAUCUCCUUGGCCUAGGAAUUCCAGCAGCACCUGCACCCCCUCCACCACCUCCUCAAUUGAAGCUUCACACUAGAGCUGUUCUGGACCCAGCAACAUUUCAGCAAAAAUGGCGCCAAUUACCAGUUGCUUUAUCACAGGAGUAUUCUCUAAGUCCUCAAGGCAUUGCUGCUUUGACAGCUCCUCAAGCUCUCCUUCGGCACAUGCAAGGCCAUUCCAUCCAGUGCAUAGCAUCAGGUGGUCAAUCACCAAACUUCAAGUUUUUCUUCUUUGCACAAAAAGCAGAAGAACCAUCAAACUAUCUUGUGGAGUGUAUAAUCAACUCAUCAUCGGCAAAAGCUCAAAUGAAGAUCAAAGCAGAUGAUCAAAGUACAUCCCAAGCCUUCUCCGACAUUUUCCAAUCAGCUCUGUCCAAAUUCGGAGUGCCGUGAACAGAGUGCAUUAUUCUCUUCAUGACCUGGUGAAAUAUAGGUAUUGUCUCAUUAAUAGUAAUGAAUCUCCCUCCUUUCCCCGAGCUAGAAGUCAAACAAAACCUGAGUUGGGAAAAGAUGCAAAAGGUAAGCCCCUUUUUGGGGUAUUGUAGAUUGUGUGUAUAACUUCGUCAAAAUGAAAACUCCUUUCCUUUUUCACGAAGAGUCCAUUGUUCUAUCAAAUUUUGGACAAUAGUUUUCCUCCAAAAUGUUUGUAGUAGCAUUUAGUAUUUUUUCAUAGAAAGAAUUUCUCAUUUCGCACCCCAUUUAUGCAGUCAACUCUUCUUGUUUAUCUUGAAGUUAAUCCAAGUCUUUGUCUCGCGGCACGAUUAAAUUGAUAUUUGAUUG